AUGACAUCUAUCCAUGCUGAAUCCGACAAGCUACGUUUCCCGCCACUAAUCACUCUCGAAGAGCAUUUCUUCUCCGUUGCAGCAUCAGAAGCACCAUCGGCACAACGGUACAAUGAGCAACUUAAGAACAUACCAGGCCUUCUUGAUAAGCUCAAGGAUCUUGGGUCACUCCGUCUCGAGUCGAUGAACAAGAAUGACAUUACGAUGCAAAUCAUCUCCCACGGACCUACACAGCCUAUAUUAUCUCCGUCUGAUUGCCGUGCAGCUAAUCUACAGCUUCACGAAGCCAUAUGUACCUCAGCAGAAACACGUGAACGCUUUGCGGGAUUUGCAGUCUUACCUAUGAACGAACCCGACGAGGCAGCUAAAGAGCUCGCGUAUUGUGUGGAAGAGCUCGGAUUCGUGGGCGCACUAAUUGACAACCACGCUAACGGCACUACCUACGAAGGUCCUUCCUACAGAUCAUUCUGGUAUACAGUGCAAUCGCUUGGGGUUCCGAUCUAUAUUCACCCUACAUGGUCGACCGAACAGCAGCGAAAGGGCGUGUUUCCCGAUCUCAAGCCAGAUGGGAACGGCACGAACGGCGGCAUCGACGAAGCUACUGUCCUGAGCGGAAGUGCUGUUGAAUCUCUCAUGGCUAGCUCUUGGGGCUGGCACUCCGAUGUAGCGAUGCACAUUUUCAAGCUUUUCGCGUCUGGCACGUUCGACAAGUUUCCUCGUCUAAAGCUCAUCGUUGGACACUUCGGCGAGAUGAUACCAUUUAUGCUCGACCGCACAAUCCAGCUAAGUCCGAGGUGGAACGAUCCGCCCCUACGGCGUAAUUUCAAGACUGUCUAUGAUGAGAAUUUGUGGAUCACAACUAGUGGUAUUUGGAGUCUAGACCCAUUACGAUGCAUCUUAGCGAACACGAAGAAAGACCAUAUACUUUUCAGCGUUGAUUAUCCAUUUGCGCAGAACGAGUCAGGAAAGAAGUGGAUGAAUGACCUGCUGAGCAGUGGUCUGUGUGAUCAAGAGACGAUUGAUAUGGUUGGUUACAAGAACUCUGAGAAACUGCUAGGUGUCAGGACCAGGAGGCCCGAUGAAGAACGAGCGGAAGACGAUAAAUUGCAGGAGUGA